CUAUGCAACAUCAUAGGUAAACACAAUACAGGUCUUUGUGAUGUGUGUCAGGAAAUAAAGACACCUGAGCAUGUUAUAUCAGCAGAAAACAAUAUCGUAAAGAAGUAAAAGACAUGUGUAUUACAGAAUUCACAAUGGGUAAUAUUUUUGAUGAAGGGACAACAACGGAUGUGUUAAUAAUAGCAAUGAUGAUGUUCUUAAAAACACCGCGUUAAUUAAUAGAAUUUAACCAGUAUCAGGCAGAUUACGUCACACUCCAGUACAGUAGAUGGCGGUAUGCACAUUUACAGUUAGUUUUCAACCCGCCAGUAAACCCACAAAAAAAGAAGAAGAAGACCACACCCCCAAACAAACUCGGAGACCCCAGAAAUCUGAAGGGCUUUGAGUUUAUCAGAAGAGAUUAGAUGAAGAGUUCAGUUGCAUGUCUAUGAAGAAUGAGAGGCCAAUGGAUCCACCAACAGCAUUUAAGAGAUCAGACGUAAUGGAACCCGUCUGUAAAAAGAUGAAGUUUGAGCAAUCUGUGAAUCAACCACAAUAUGCGUUUCCUCAAUUCAGCCAUGACUCUAAAAUUAAUGAAGUCCUGAACACAUUUAAAUCAAAUCUGAGAGAGAAGUUUCAGUGUUUGUAUCCAGGAACAUCAAAGCAGAGAAACUCAACACUACUGAAUGAGAUCUACACAGAGCUCAACAUUACAGAGAUUAAAAGUGGAGAGGCAGAGGAGACACCAAUCAAAUAUAAUGACAUCUUUAAACCUUUACCUGAACAAGACACACACAUCAGAAGUGUGCUGACAAAGGGAGUCGCUGGCAUUGGAAAAACAGUCUCUGUACAGAAGUUCAUUCUGGACUGGGCUGAAGAGAAAGAGAAUCAGGACGUCCACCUCAUAUUUCCACUUCCUUUCAGAGAGAUCAAUUUGAUGAAGGACAAAACACUCAGUCUUUUAGAUCUUCUUCAUCUUUUCUUCCCAGAGAUAAAAGAAAUGGAAAUCUUCAGUGAUGAAUAUAAAGUGUUGUUCAUCUUUGAUGGUUUGGAUGAGUGUCGUCUGUCUCUGGAUUUUCACAGCAGUGUGAGGUUGUGUGAUGUACGUAAAUCAACCUCAGUGAACGUGAUGCUGACAAACCUCAUCAAGGGGAAUCUGUUUCCCUCUGCUCACAUCUGGAUCACCUCCAGACCAGCAGCAGCUGAUCUCAUCCCCUUUGAGUGUGUUGAUCGAGUCACAGAGGUACGAGGCUUCAGUGAUCCACAGAAGGAGGAAUACUUCAGGAAGAGAAUCAGUGAUGAGUGUCUGUCUGAUCAAAUCAUCUCACACCUGAAGUCAUCCAGAAGUCUCUUCAUCAUGUGUCACAUCCCAGUCUUCUGCUGGAUUUCCGGCACUGUUCUAGAGGGAAUAUUGAGGGAAGCAAAAAGAAGAGAGAUCCCCAAGACUCUCACUCAAAUGUACACACACUUCCUAAUCAUUCAGAUGGACUAUGAUAAGAAUAAACACAUGAUCUUCAAAAUUUGUAAACUGGCUUUUCAGCAGAUUAUGAAAGGCAAUCUGAUCUUCUAUGAUGAAGACUUGAGAAAGUGUGGCAUUGAUGUAUCAGAAGCAUCAGUGUACUCAGGAUUGUGUACUCAGUUCUUCAGAGAGGAGUUUGGUUUGUGUCAGAGGAAAGUUUACAGCUUUUUCCAUCCGAGCAUUCAGGAACAUCUAGCAGCUCUACAUGUGCACCUCUCUUUUAUGAACAACGACACAAGUGUGUUGACUGCAUUUAAAAUGUCUCAAAGUUGUACGCCUUCAAUAAUUCAUCUCUAUCAGAGAGCUAUAGAUGAGACUGUGAAGAGUAAAAAUGGACAUCUGGAUCUCUUUCUUUGUUUUUUUCUGGGUCUGUCACAGAAGUCGCAUCAGAAUCUCAUACCAGGUCUGAGGUUACUGACAUGCUACAACUGUCAGAUCAAUGAGAAAACAAUCAAAUACAUAAAAGAGAAGAUCAGGAAGAAUCCUUCACCAGAGAAAUCCAUCAAUCUGUUUCACUGUCUUGAAAACCUGGGUGAUCUUUCACUAGGGAAGGAAAUCCAACAAUAUCUGACAUCUACAACAAUAAAUAAAACCACACUCUCUUCAUAUCAGUGGUCAGCUAUAGUUUCGGUGAUGCUGACAUCAAAACAGGAGCUGAAGAAGUUUACUAUGAAUCCGUUUGUUAAAGGAAUCAAUGCUGAAUCACUGAACGUUCUUCAGAAGCUGCUGCCUCUGAUUUGUAAAUCCAGAUCAAUUCAGUUAAUUUCUUGGAAUAUCACAGAUGAACGUUGUGUUGCUCUGUCUUCAGCUCUGAGAUCAAACCCAUCACAUCUGAGAGAUCUGAGUAUGGGUAAUAAUAAACUGAAAGAUUCAGGAGUGAAGCUGCUCUCUAGCGUACUGAAGAAUCCUCAAUGUAAACUGCAGAUACUAAACUCUGAAAUCAAACCCAUCACACCUGAGAGAACUGAAUCUGUCUAAUAAUGAUCUUGGAGAUUUAGCAAUGGAGCAUCUCUCUGAUCUACUGGAGCAUCCUGACUGUAAACUGGAGAAACUCUGCUUGAGUGUUUGUAAUAUCACAGAUGAAGGUUGUGUUGCUCUGUCAUCAGCUCUGACAUCAAACCCAUCACACCUGAGAGAACUGAGUCUGUCUGAUAAUAAACUUGGAGAUUUAGGAGUAAAGCUGCUGUCUGCUGUA